CCUGGUUGGUUACCUUUUGUAAUUUAGUAAUCUUGAAGGGUCACGGCCCUAGGCGUUAAUUUACGAUGUAAGUAAUUGCAUCGCGUUCAUAUCUUACCAUUUACCAACCAGUUACCAAAUAUAAUUGAAGAAAACAAAGUAUGAUAUAAUUUCCUUACCAUGGCCACAGUGGAAACGGUGAAUUCAGAUUUGACGCCCGAAGUCGAGAUAAAGCUAACGAACACCAACACGAAGAAAAAAUGGGUCAAAUUCGAAGAUGAAACCAAAUCGAACGGUAACAACGUCGAUGGUAAAGAAGACAGCGGUAAAUCCGAUACCAAUAAUCGAACAACCACCGCUGAAUUUCACAAACGAAAUGAACAAACUACCAGCGCCGUUUUACCCACCGAAUCCGUCCAUAUUAAAGUUAAAGAUAUUCGUUUAGCUGAACAACAGAAUCUCGAUUCUAUUUCAGUUCAAAAUUCUCCGAUGCGAAAUGUCGAUUUGAACGAAACUUCUAACGGGGUUUCUUCGCAUAACACCAUUAGACAAGGCUUUGUAAAUGGCGAUAUCAUUGUAACGUUGUUACCAGUCAAUACAAAUUUCCCUUGGAUAACUCCUGCUAAAUUUCGUCCCGAGCUCGUACCGGAAGAGCUAAUGGCUCAAGGUUUAACGCUUACCGUUGAAGACUACGUUCAUAUAAUGGAAAUGUUGACCAACGACUUGAGAUUCACGUUGUACAACGUGUGCUACAAAAGAGUACUCAUUUUAUGGAUAUUUACCGCAUUUUUAGUACUAUUCGGCUUGAUAUUGUCCGGCGUUCAAGGUCUGACGUUGUUCAGCCUGGGAGUACUUUGGUUAAUGAUGAAUUCAGCGGCCAUUUUCUUAUGCAUGUGGAUCAAAAUCAAAUUGAAUCGUAAUCUUGAACGUUGCAUAGCUCAAGUCAACCGGCAUCUAAUGCGUCAUAAAAUCAUCCUAGGAUUAGACGACCGUGGAAAGAUUUCCUGCCACAAAGUGAACUUAUGUUUCAUAUAUUUCGAUACGACCGAUUGUGUGAAAAAACUACAAGAUAUUAUCGAAGCCGAAGAAGCAGCCGGACGUACGGUGAGCAAAUCUUUAUCGAAAAAUGACGAAAAAACCAAACGCCAGUUUCAAGAACGAUUAGAUAUCGAUAAUCAAGAUAUCGUUAUACAAGGCGCGAAUGCAGUUCGUAUUUCUCGUAAACAAGAACGUGGUGAGCAGCUUUUUACGAGAUAUAUUCAACGUUGGAGUAAAGAUUUCCUGCGUCGUCGUCUCGAUUGGACCGUAGAUGAAGAAAGAGGUAAUCCGGUCGAUGCUCGUCAUCUGUCAACUGCUCUAUGCCCGUGCCAAUACAUCGAGGAAUAUCUUCGCUGCAAGCCUCGUAUCGAUAAAAGAGCUUUUUGUCCGGUCUUCUCGUCGUAUAUGAGAGAAAAAGGUAUCGAUUAGCAAUUAGAGGUGCCUAUGGCACAGAUUCACACGUGUUAUAUUUAGCACCGAAGAAAAAAACUGUCGCACUUCCACUAUAUCGAUCACAUCAAUGAGGCGUUUAAAGACGUUAGGUUGUUUUAUUGUAUUAUUUUACGCAUUUUUGUAUUCUUUUUUCCCUUCUUGGUUUAUAAAAAAUCAUUUUUCUCCUCAAGGGAGAAUUUUUGGAUGUAUCUGGUCUUUUUUAUUGGGUCUGAUCAGGCCUGUUUAGAUCUGAUUAGAUCCAAUCAGAUCUUUCCUACUGGAUUUGAUCAGGACUGAGCAUCUAAUCGGAUCAGAAUUUUGAUCUGACCAAAUCUGAUUUGAUCAGGUCAAAUUGGAUUCAAGGAACGUCCAAAUUUGAUCACAUCCAAUCAUUCUCCCCUGGAUUAGCAUUCCAAUUUCCAAUCUACCCUCCCUUCGUGUUUCUCUCUCCAAUCGUUCACUAUUUUUAUUCGAAGACUAAAAAAUAUUAUUUUAAUCAUUCCAACUUGAACCAAAGUCGAGCUUAAUUAACUACAUACGUACAUAUUUAAGGGACCAAAACAAUCACAGAUUUAUACUAACAUGUUCCUAGCUUUUCUUCAUCUUCGAAAUUGCCUUUUGUACAUUCCUAUUCUUCCUUUAUGUUUCCAUUCCUGGUAGACUUGUCGUGUACUUAAUUGACUGUAAAAUCAAAAUCCUAAAAAUUUUACCAUCAAGUUAGAUGAUGUUUUUUUUUAAACUUACUUAUCGUUUAUUUUUUUGUUAUUAUUUUACAAAAAUAUUAACAGGGUAAUUUUUUUUUCUAAGAUUUUAUCGAGUUGAGCUUUUAUUUUUUUCUCGAAUGAAAUUUUUUUUUUAUAGUAUUAAUUUGUUAAAUCGUUACCUAUUUUGAUGAUAAUUUCCAGCGUCGCGUUAGAAGGAGACUAAUAAGGCUUCAGUUUACUCCCCCUCCAUUCUCUCAGCCUUUUGGAUUUCUACAAUCGAUUAACUCGUCAUUUAGAAGCCUAAUUUCUUUGAAGAAAUCUGGCCAGAGCUUAUCACCGUAUCGAGUUCCCAUUUUUGAAGUUUAAUUCGGCCCCAAACCCUAUAUCAAACAUUCCAAGCCUUUCCCCCCCUCCUUCGGCCAUCUUUCACGUGCCACUGAAUUUUGUCAUUUUUUUUCGUUAUUAUUUUUGCGCUUUUGAACGUAUUAUCUGUUUUGUUGAUAAUUCACUUUGAAAAAUUGCGAGUCAAUUGUGUAAUUUUUUUCUAUAGUAAGAGAAGAAAAAUUUAAUUUUUCGUAUCUGCAAAAAUAAUGUACCUACAGGAGUGCAAUUUUCACAUCGACGUCUCAAAGAAGUCGUUAAUUUUUCAGAAUUACACAGUAUUUAGUUUUUCAUUGUUUAGGGUAUUGAAUAAGGUGACACUGUAUGAAGAAAGAAAUGAGGAGUAUGUUGUUAUGAAAAGAUAAUAAUUAUUGUAUCUAACUUCAGACUUAUGAAAAUACGAGUAUUUACUUAUUAUAUUAGGCAUUUUUUCUAGAAAUACGAUAAAUAAUAUAAUCAAUCAUGACUUACUUACAAUUUUUUUUCUCGAGUAAAAAAACCGAGUAUUUUUUUUCAAUUUCUUAUAACUGAAGCGUGGAAUGCUCAUUAUGUAUGUGUUAUUGUAAUUGAUAGACUAUUUUUAAUACUUCUUAUUAAUAUAUCGUAUUAUUAAUAUUAUACUUAUUACUUGUAUAAUUUUUCGGUUUAUUGUUUUAUUAUUUUUUUUAAAGUUGAUUUUUAGAUCAAGUUGUUCAUUAUAGAUACCUGCAGUUGUUAACUAGAUACAUUACUUAUCCGUCCAAAUUGUGAUAUUUUCUUAAAUAGUCUAUUGUAUUAUUAUUCGUUAUAAAUUGAAUAAAUAAAUUAUGAUGAAUAUA